CUGUGGCGAAGAGAUAUACUUGUUGUGACCAAGAUGCUUUGGGCAUAGAGCUAGAUGGUGUUGCUGGUUAGACUGCGUGCUGUCGAAACCCCCAAGGAUCCCAUCUUUUUUGCUCCAAUGGAAUGCUCACCAACACAAGAAAAUCAUUCAAAUGGUAAAACAAGCCGUAGAAAGACGCAGGCUAAGCAAAACACCAGAAACGGCCUCUCCAGUGGCGGGAUAGCAAAGGAUGGGACACACCCACCCAACAUCACAAAGACUACGAGCACGGAGUACAAGCAGAACUUUCAACAUCAGCAUAGUGUCCACUCACUGCAGCUGCGUCUCCACCAAAAGAAGCUGCAAGAGGCGAGGCGAGAGCUUCCACCCAGCUUCUAGAGCGUCGGGCUGGAGUUCCAAGUGGCGCCAAAGGGGCGUACUCGGGAGUAUUUUUUUUGCCACAGGAACGGGACUUUGCCGACUGGUAGGGUACAAUCCCAUGAUAGGUUUGAGUGAUUACUAUCUAUGUACUACUACGUUACCGAGCUCGUUGUUGGCAGGAUUGAGAAUGCAGGGUUCGGUUUCAAUAGCCGUCACUUUUGUUCCUCGGCUUUGAGACCACAAGUGGUAAGAAUGCCUCCUAUUCUCUGCGUUUUCCUUGCUUCGUAUCUGUCUGAACAGGUACAGC